AUGGAGCAAUGGAUGCAACUCCAAGACUUCUGGGACGGGUUAAACCCAUCAUCAAGAAGAUUGCUGAAUAGUGCGGUUGUAGGUCCUCUGAUGAAGAAAACUCCAGAAGAGAUUGUCACAUUUCUGAAUGAACUAUCUGAAGACACAGAACACAGGUCCACUGACCAAGAGGAUCGAAGAAGAUCAGUAGGGGUGCACCAAGUAGAAUCGUCUGUAGCAAUGCAGGCCCAAAUUGCAGCACUGGCUAAGGACAUCAAGCAAUUGAUAAUAGCUCAGAUAGCAGAAGAACAGAAAAUUGGUAAAUCUCUGCCUAAGGAGGAUAUUAGUAGCAAGGAGGUUGAUAAGCAGAAAUUAAGCAGCACAGUUGAGGAAAGCAAGCACAUGCUAUUGUUACCGUUUCCUCAAAAGAUGAAGCGGGAGAAACUAGACAAAUGCUUUGUAAAAUUCUUGGAUAUGCUGAAAUAUCUGUAUGUAAACAUCCCAUUCACCGAGGUGCUCACCCAGAUGCCAGCCUAUGCAAAAUUCUUAAAGAAACUACUUUCAAGUAAAAGGAAGCUCGAGGAAAUGAAAGUGGUCAAACUCAAUGGCCACUGUAGUGCCAUUCUACAAAAUAAAAUCUCUAAAAAAUGUGGGGAUCUUGGAAGCAUCACUAUACCCUGCUCAUUGGGGAGAGAAAAUUUUGACAAGGCUCUGUGCGAUUCAGGUGCAUCCAUUAAAUUGAUUCCAUUAUCGGUGUUCAAGAAAUUGGAAGGAGAAUUAGGAGUGAUCAAAUCUGUGUCGGCGUCUUUGCAACUGGCUGAUCAGACCAUGAUCAUACCGGAGGGCAUACUUGAGGACAUUAUGGUGAGGGUGAACAAAUUUAUCUUCCCAGUAGACUUCAUCAUAGUAGACAUGGAAGUGAAUAAGCAGGUACCUUUAAUCCUGGGAAGACCAUUCAUUUCCACUGGCCGGGCUACUCUUGAUAUAUAUGAAGGGAAACUCAUGCUUGGGGUGGGAUACAAAAAAGUAGUGUUUCAAAUGAAGAGAAUGAUGAAAUACCCAUGUGAUGAGGCAUCUGCCUAUGCUUGUCUCAAACUGGAUGUGGUGGGAGAGUUAGAUGAACAACACAAGUUGGAUAAGCUGGUAGGUGAUUCAUUAGAGAGAUGCAUUAGUCAGUCAAGCACAACAGAGGAUAAAGAUCCUGAGAUCAAGAAGGAAGUUGAGGCACUGGAAGAUGAGAACCAGGUGGUAGGUGAAGAAGAAUUCGAGAAAGAAAUGAUCAAGCCGAAGCUGGAAUUGAAAGAACACAUGCUUGUAGAGUUACUACAGAAGCAUAAAAAGGCAAUCGGUUGGAGUAUAGCCGAUAUUUAG